GCGUUCGUAAAACUGUCAAAAUGUUAGUUCACAAAAUAAAUUUAGAUACCAACCAGUGCCGAAUCGCAUAUUAUGAUAAUAAAUAAGCUGGAGGAUGUCUGAAAAAAAUCCAAACAGGUGAUUCCUAAUCAAUCUACAAAAACAUUUUCCCUAAAUUGUUAGUGAAGGUAAGAAAACUCAAAGACCUUCCCCUCCCAAUCAAAAGAUAGCCAAAUCAAGAGCGACGAGAGUCCGAAUGCUCGUUGCAAAGAGGUUGCACAAUCAUCUGAAGGAAUGAAGAUCUUGGAUGAUCAUAUCAUUGAUGAGUGCGUUGAUUUGCCAGAAGGACGCUUGCCGCGUUGGUGGUUCGGCGGCUUCUCCUCCGUCUGCGUGGCCUUCGCGGUGGCUCCAAUAGACAUCGUGAAAACUCACAUGCAGAUACAGAAGAAAAAGCGGACCAUUCUAGCAACAGCGACUAAAAUUUACAAGUUAAGGGGUUUCCUGGGUUUCUACGAUGGCUUUUCGGCUGCCAUUCUGCGACAGAUAACCUGCAUCAACAUCCGCUUUAUUGUGUAUGAAACUGGCAAAAAUAUGUAUCACGUAGAGGAUAAUUCAUAUCUUGGUAAAAUGAUCCUGGGCUGCGCGGCUGGUGUUUGUGGAUCGGUGUGUGGAAUACCCACCGACCUGCUUAAUGUCCGGAUGCAGACCGAUAUAAAGAGCCAGCCGGACGAGCGACGCAACUAUAAGCACGUCUUUGAUGGCCUCGUUCGCAUACCCAAGGAGGAGGGCUGGAUGGCACUCUACAAAGGUGGAUCGGUAGCAGUCCUAAAGGCAGCUCUGGGAACUUGCAGUCAAAUUGCAUUAUAUGACAUUAUCAAAACGGAAGUGCGAAGAAAUACUUCUGUAAAAGACGGUAUACCGCUGCAUUUUCUGACUUCGCUGGCGACGUCGAUCAUUUCGUCUGCAAUCACCCAUCCCUUGGACGUGUUGAAGACCUUACUGAUGAACUCUAGACCCGGCGAAUUUCGCAGCACCUUCCACGCGGCCAGGUACAUGAUGCGAUUCGGCCUCAUCGGACCCUACCGAGGAUUCGUCCCUGCGAUGGUGCGAAAGGCACCGGCCACCACUCUGCUAUUUGUAUUGUACGAGCAGUUGAGGCUUCACUUCGGAAUAUGCUCCCUGGGAGGGGAUAAAGUUGACGGGAAUUAGGAAUUAGGUAGGAUUUCGCUUAUGCGGAGAGUACUGUCCACCCGGAAAAGAAAAAUAGCCCCGUGAAAUGUUUAAUAAUUUUUUUGUACUAUAAACAAAAGUAUACAAAAUGUUCUUCUCACUUUAAUAUGAAGAAAUGUAAAUAAAAAAUCAGCUUUCUAGAA